CUCACUCAUUCACUCACUAAGAAAUAUUUGUACAACUUUAGAGCAAUGGCGAUCCAAGGAGUUGAGAUGGUUCAUCUGGAUGACAACAGCCACGUCGUCGUUGAAGAUCAGACAUUGUCAGUUUGCGCUUCAAGGUGGUGGGUGAUCGACGGACCAGUGCCGGCUUAUCACGACAACAGUGGCAUAAACCAUCACUGGUUUCCUCAAGACUUUGUGUUUGGAACUGGAACUGCUGCCUUUCAGGUUGAAGGGGCUGCUGCUAAAGGAGGCAAAGGCAUUAGCAUAUGGGAUGACUUCUCUAUGAGGCUUCCUGGGAAAAUAGCUGAUGGAUCCAAUGGAAAUGUUGCAUGUGAUAUGUACAAUAGAUAUAAGGAAGAUAUUGCGAUGAUGAAGCAUAUGGGGUUUAAUUCGUAUAGAUUUUCCAUUUCAUGGCCAAGAAUAUUGCCUGCCGGAAGAUGUAGUGGUGGAAUCAACAAAGAAGGAAUUGCUUACUAUAAUGAUGUUAUCAACACUGUGUUACAACAUGACAUGACACCAUUUGUGACAUUAUUUCAUUGGGAUCUUCCUUUAUGCCUGGAGAAAGAGUAUGGUGGCUUCUUAUCCAAAAGAGUCAAGGACGAUUUCCGCGAGUAUGUAGAGGUAUGCUUCUGGGAAUUUGGGGAUCGCGUGAAGCAGUGGACAACCGUGAACGAGCCAUGGACUUACGCGGUGAACGGAUACGUCCGAGGCUCCUUUGCACCGGGCCACAAAGUUCCCGUCCCGGACGUAAAACUUUCCACGAAGAUCGCCCCCUGUAGAGGCCUUCCACUCCUCAACUCUGCCACGGGCGACAAGUUCAUCACUGCUGACCCCUCCGAGGCAUACACAGUCGGAAGAAACCUUCUCCUCGCACACGCAGAAGCAGUCGAUCUCUACAGAAGCAAGUUUCAAGAGGCGCAAGGAGGGAAGAUAGGCAUAGUGCUGAAUUCCCAUUGGUUUACGCCCUUCGAUGAGCAUUCAACUGCAGAUGUAGAUGCUGCUUUGAGGGGAGUGGAGUUCAUGUUCGGAUGGUUUCUGGAGCCUAUAUUGUACGGGCAUUACCCCCGAAGCAUGGAGGAUUGCGUUCCACCAGACAAUCUUGCAUCAUUCACACCUCAAGAAUUGAAAAAGGUCCAAGGAUCUUAUGAUUUCCUUGGUCUAAAUUAUUACACGACACAGUAUGCUUCCGAUGAUCCUCACCUUCCAGAUGGAGAGGGCUACUUUGCAGAUCAGCGGGUUAAGUAUUCCGUAAAGAAGGGAGAUGAAUACAUUGGAACAAAGUCUGGAUCUGUGUGGCUGCACUCUGUUCCAAAGGGGAUUUAUGAGAUUCUCUUGUAUUUGAAUGACAAGUAUCCACAACUCAAAGAAAUAUACAUUACUGAAAAUGGGUUUUCAACUAAGAGUGAUCACACGAAGACAGCCAAAAUGGUGUGCGAUGAUGACCAUGAUAGGACUAAAUACCACCAAGAUCAUCUUGCUAACAUGCUCAAAGCAAUGAAACACAAAGACAUUUUGAGGAAACUGAAGGGAUACUUCGUGUGGUCAUGGUGCGACAACUUUGAAUGGGGCGACGGCUACACAAUUAGGUUUGGGUUGAACUACGUAGACUAUGUGAAUGACCUCACAAGGUAUCCUAAGAAUUCAGCCUCAUGGUUCGCUAAGUUUCUCAAGAGCAAAAGCCAGCCGCCUGCGUGGUUCCAUCCCCGGUGGGUCCCACGGCCGCUUUUUGAGAAGAGAAUGUAUGAAGAGAACGGGGAGAAUAUGAAUACAGAGAAAAGACUCAAACUCGUGGAGGAAUUCAAUCAAGACUAAUGUUGAGGCAGUUAUCCGAGUAUUUCAUUUGACGUAGCAUCUAUACGACUACGGUCGAGUUAAGCAUUAUGUUAUGUACGUUGUUUGAGUAUCUUUGAAUAAGGCAAUAAUGUGAUAGAGGUAGGUUUUCAAGCCCCUCUAUCAACUCUUACUAUGUUUUUAUGAAUAUUGAAAGUAAUAAUUCAGUAGGUGUUAAUUCGCCUACUUUCUUUUA